CCGUUUCCAUCGUGACAAAAGUUUAAUAUGGUAACUUGACUUUUUCACAUACCUUUGUAUGUAUGUAUGUAUUUAAGUUUUUACUUUUCCUUGAAAAAAUACAUAUGUACAUACAUAUGUAAAUAUAAGUAUUUUUCAUAAAAUGGCAAAGAAGCCCACACCUGAAGAUAUUUUUUACGAUCAUCUAACAUUAGGUUUAAUGGGGACACUUGCCAAGCUUCCGCGAGUAUGUAACGUUAACUGUGAACAUCGUAAACCGUGUGAAAAGGCUCAGAUUGUUAAUUGGGAACAAAGGAAUACUAUAUAUUUGCCCGAAGAUAUGAAAAAGUUUUAUUUGUCCACGGAUGGAUUUCUCUUACAAUGGAGCUAUCAGUAUGCACCAAAGGAUUUGCGCCGUGUAGGUUUUAUUCAUAUUCCACGUCUUCACCAAAUUACUUUGUCACGUGACAACAUUGAACCGUUAAUCAAUUUGAGUGCAAAUACUACAUCAGAAAAGACUCUUGCAGGCCACGAAACGAGAGUUGCUGACGAUGUUGGAACAGAUACAAGUGGGGGUGUGGGGGCAAAUGUCAGCGUUCCUAUAUUGUUAACAAGGAAAGAUCGAUGGGGUAAUCCACUACCCAAUAUAUCAACAAAGACAAAAAUAUUUGAAAUUAAUAAUGUCAAUGAUGUUGCCAAAGUGUGUAUGCUCUAUGAGGCAAAUUGUUCGAACAAUCCAAAAUUCUACCUAUUCGAGUUAAAUGCCAUGAAAUGGAUAUUUCUUUCCGAUACAUUUAGCGAAUACUUACGGAUGGCCAUUGCACAUUUAGGAUUACCAUUUUGGGAGCUUUGUUUCUCCAAUAUAGGCUUACCAUCGUGGACAGAGGUAUACAAACAGUUAUUUGUAAUACAAACUCUAAAUCAGAUAUUAAUUAUUUUCUUCCUAAAGCAAUUGUUUAUGUUGCUAGCACCACAUUUGUUGGAGGACUAUGAACCGCGACGUGACCGCCAAAUUCACCCAUCCCCUGAACACCCAUAUAAUAUUAUCGACACCUCUGUUUUUCGCAUUAAACCAAAAGGUUCUAUGAAAAACGCACCUUCAAGGAAAAAUGUAUCUUGAUUUCGUACGAAAAAAACAUACAUACAUACAUAUAUUUGAAGAAAUAAAUAUUUUUUAGCGCAUCUUCUAAUAAUUACAUAAAUUU